AUGUGCCUCUAUUGGCGAAAACAGUACACAUGCGGCUGCGUCUCGCACAUCUUCCGCGACCGCUGCGCCGACAACGUGCGCUCCGGAUCCGAAAAGUGCGAAAACACGUCAGACGAGGAGCAGCUUCGGAGCUCAUACUUUCAAUGCUUCACUUGCCUCGUACUUGAGGAUAGAGAGGAGAAGGCUGCGGCUGCGGCUGCGGGGAUGCAUAUCAAUGAGUGGAGGAGGAGGAAGGCGCUGCAGGAGCGGGCGAGGAAGAGACAGGAGGAGGAGAGGAUGGCUAGGAGGAAGACUGAAGAGGAGAGAAAGGAGAUGGAGAUGCAGGCGAGGGCGGAGGCGGAGGCAACGGAAAAGCAUGUGGGGAAUGAUGAAACUGUAACGCAGACGGAUUCGAAGGCGGGGCUGGAGAAGGCAGGGAAUGAGAAGGAAGAGGAGGAAAAGCUGCGGAGGCAGAGAGAUAUCGAGACGGAGCAAGAAAAGAUAAAGAGCGACGAGGGGGUUUGGACAGAUGUUGGAGCAGGGAGGAAAGGGAGGAGGUGGAGGGAUCUGAAGACGGAUGCAUCACCUCCUGCGUCAUCCGUGGCCGCGUCACCCUCCACAAUGAUGCCGCUAUCGGUCGAAAAUCCGUCAUCGGCUACUCCACCGUUUUCUUCUGCCACCAUGCCACCGUCGAGUACAAAGCCAUCGUCUUCUGCCACCAUGUCGUCGUCGAAUCCAAAACCAUACUCGUCUCCCACCAUGGCACAUUCGAAUCCAAAGCCAUCGUCUUCUGCCACCAUGUCGUCGUCCGCUCCCAAGGGAUCAUCUUCAGUCACCAUGUCGGCGCCCACUCCGAAGGCAUCGUCAAGACCAUCAUCGAUUGCUAUGCCACCGCGAGUGUCACUUGCGGAGUUGUCUAUUGCUAUGGCAGAGGAAUUCGGCUUGCCGUUGAGGACGCCAUCGCCCACAGUGAUAAUGCCAUCAUCACCUGCAUCCUUCUAUCCCGAGAAAGCGCCAGGAGAGUUCUUUGGCCCGCCUGUUAGUGCUACUAAUGGUCGUUCUGUGCAGGGCACAGCAGGACCUGCUCAGCAUCAACCAAGCAUCACUAGUGAGAAUAGGCGCGAUGGAGUGCCCAAGUGGAAGAAGCGAAGCCUUAACGUGGCCCAACAAACCGAAGGAAUUGUUAUGCCCGACUUGUCCCUGUUUCCAGGAGAGGAUAACGUUGGGCCAACGAACAGCAUCAACGAAAAUGACAAGGUCAGUGACAAGAGUAAUCCCAAGGGCAAGGGCAAGGCCAAUGUUAAGUACAGGCUCAGCUCCAGCUCCAACCAAAAAAGGUCACCAUUCUCAAGCGAGACAAAUCUGAAGGAACAAAAAGUAAUGCCUCCAAGGACGCAGGUCGGAGCGGGUGGAACCGUGAGUGAGUCGGCAUAUCCCCCUCGCAAAUAUGUCUGUCCAGGCCGGCGUAUUCAAGAGUUCAAUGGCUAG